GAUUUGUGCAGCUUCUCUCGCGGGGGAGCACCAGCAGCCAGGACCACAGAGAAGGGCUUUGUGCUGAUGUAGCUGAAGGCUUCCCGGCUGAGAACCGCCCGCCCCUUCGUUCAUUUCAGAAGCUGGGACAUCCUCCACGCGUUGUCAUCCUCCCGCAAUCCAGGAUGGACAAGACCCAAGAGCCCCCGGCCAUGACUGUCCACCUGCUGGCCAGCUCUGGGCAGGGUGCGCUCCUGCAGCAAGCUCUGGACCAGCUCCUGGGCUGCCUUUGCCCAGAGGUCCGUCUCUUCAUGGUGUCAGAGCGGGUCAGUGCCGUGAGAAACUAUGACAAGUGCCACCCCAAGCGGUCCCGGUUCCCAGGGAUGUCUGUUCUGCUCUUCCUGCACCACAGCCGCGGAGAGGAGCGGCUGCUUCGAGUUCUCCACUUGCUGCGGCAGUGGCCCUGGCAGUGCUACCCCGGCCUGAGCCUGCAGGGCAGCCCGUGUCCCUACAGCCUCGCCGGUCAGGAGUUCUACACUCUGGACAACCACAUGCCCGUCUGGGGCGUGAGGCAGGUGCACUGCGGCACCGAGGUCCUGCGGGUGACGCUCUACUGCACCUUUGAUAACUACGAAGACGCCAUCAGCCUCUACGAGAUGAUCCUGCAGAGGGAAGCCACCCCGCAGAAGAGCAACUUCUGUUUCUUCGUGCUCUACGCCACCGAGAGCUUCGCCCUGCAGCUGUCCCUGAAGCAGCUGCCCCUCGGAAUGUCGGUGGACCCCAAAGAGUCGUCGGUGCUGCAGUUCAAGGUCCAAGAGAUUGGCCAGUUAGUGCCUCUCCUCCCCCAUCCAUGCGUCCCCAUCAGCCGCACCAGGUGGCAAACGCAGGACUACGAUGGCAACAAGAUUCUGCUUCAGAUCCAAUCGAAUCCAGGUCUUGGUGUUAGGAACAGCGAGCUUUCCUUUCUGAAUGGCAACCCCGAGGCUGACAUGCUUCCCCAGGGAUCCAGGGUGACCCCGGUCUCCACAAGGAGGACCCUAGAGCUGAGAAGGCGAAGGAGCCGGGGCAGGAGGUUCAAAGCGGCUUCUCUGGAAUUUCCUGAGUCCAGUGGGAACCCAGCAUCAGACAGCUCUUGUGGCACAUUGUGGAGAAGCCCUGGCUGCUCAUCCCAGGUCAGCAGCCCAGCUACAGAUGCCCAACUGCCUCUGUGUUCUUCCCACCUUGAACCCGGGGCCAGGAUGAAGGUCUUUGGUUGGGAAAAUGCCUUUGAGAAGCUGGAGGCAGAGACCAAUGUCGACACAGGGCGCACUGUGGUCAACUCUGAACCCAGGAAAUCGUUUCUGAGCAGGUUUCCAAGGGAUCUGCAGACCAGCCAGCCACCAUCAGCCUCCUCCUUAAGGGCAGCUGCCUCCAAAAACAACAAAAACUUGAAGGAAAGCAUCCAUCCUUUGUCACUUGCUGGCCAAAGGGAUCUUGAUGCAAGGAAGAUAAUCUCGAAAUGUCUUCAUCUGCCAGUUCAGGGUGAAGAAAAAGAAGGAGAAGAAGAAUUCUUUAUAUAGUAUAACGCAAUGUGGUUUUCUAAGAUACAAGAUCAAAUACAAGGUUCCAGAAAUGGAGCACUCUUUCUUGUUCAUCUGAGGGGGCCUGUAUGCUAGCCAUGCACAGGUCUGUAUUACUUUUAUUUGUUCAAAGUCUAAUGGUGUUGUAAGUGGUUGUUUGCAGGCAUGGUCAUGGUCAUAGACACACUAACCCAGCACCUAUCAGGAUAAUUGCAUUGUAUGGAAAUGAGUUGAAUGUGUUUUGCAAUGUUGAUUAGUGUAUGUAAUUUGGUUUUAAUUUUUAUUGGGGUUGCAUAGCUCAUCCCCCUGGACAGCAUGGGCUAUUUAUUCUUUAGUGUUUUAAUUUUUAUGUGACCUCCUUUUAUAACUAGGCCCUGUUCACCACAUACCCUCUAGUGAUUUAAGUUGUUUGCAUCUGGAAUGAGUUAACAUGCAAAGUGUUUUGAAAAUUAGGAAUAAUUAAUUGUUUUUCUGUUUAAUGAGCAGAAGCACUGGAAGCCAAAAAAAAAUCAGGUUAAAAAUGAAAGCUAGGGUUUCCUGCUCCUCCAUUUCUCACUUGUUUCUGCACUACUCCGGUGAGACCAGAGGCUCUCGCUACUAACCAGAGAGGAAUGUCACAUGACUGGGUGAUUCGAGAUCGCCACAGAGCAUUGGUUGGGUUAUUGGAGCAGGACUUGGGUUCAUCUGGCCAUGUUUGAAUUCCUAAAUUCCUUUGCAAUAUUCAUUCAUUCAACAAAUAUUUACUAGGCACCUAAGUUUGAAUCAGACAUUGAUAUAUGGUAUACAUACAUUCUGUGGCCAUCAAAUCAAAAGUGAUUAUGGUUCCACCAGUUUGAUAAAUCCAUCCUGUCAACUCAAGAAUAUAUUGAAGUCCAAAUUUAUUCCUCUAAGAACUUUUUCCAUAAUUCAUUCUCACAGUUGCUGCACAAGGCUGUGGAAAGCAUUCACAACCUGCAGAUGGAGACUGGGCAGAUUAUGCAUUGCAAUCAUAAUCAUAAUAGACAAAUUCUCAAUUGCUCAUGCGCUGCAUUUCUUUUUUCAGUUGGGUCUAUACCACAUUUUAAAAAGUCUAAGGUCUGUGUGUUUUA